AUGUCGCGCCCACAGGGCUCUCACUCUCACUCCAAGUUCGCUGAUUUCUUCCCGACCGCUCCCAGCGUCCAGCAACGGAAAUCUUCCAAACUGCUUGAUCUCGACCGAUCCCGGCUGCGCCGUCCUGACGAUCGCGCAGAAGAUGCCAACGCGAAAGAGAAUUCUGCUCGACACUCGCUGAACUCAUCAUCUACCACAUACCACCCACGUUUACCCGCUAAACAGGACAACUUGGCCAAGACUCCUGCCGUCACUGUGAUUCCGGAAGAGAGUGACCAGUACGCGGGCGACCUUCUCAAUGGUGUCGGCUCAGCAAGUUCGUCUAGUACCGCUUCAUCGGUCUUUAGUGCUCCCGUCGCAGGCGCCGCCAUGCCAGGCGCAAGUCAUGUCAAUUUCACCACUCUUACCCCUCUCACAAACUCCGACUCUCCUCCAAAUGGUAAAAUCAUGAGCCCGACCGCUGAUUCUGGCUCUCACUCUAUGAUGGCUAGCAGCAAUAAUGUGUCCACCCUCCAUCAAGGUUCGAUGACACCCCUUCACACGCCGCCGACCCAUCGAAGAUCCGCGCGCGAUGCCAACGCCGAAGUCAAAGGGACCAGGUGCACCUAUGAUCCCGAACUUGACAAGAAUCUGAACUCAAAGGACAAACGCAAGCUGAAAGCGCAGUUUGAGGAUUUCGGAGGGAAGCCCCAAGACAACUUCCAACCUCCCGAUCCGCGAUUGGCCAUUCCGCACUACACAAAGGGCGUCGUGGGAAAAGGAAAAGCAAAAUUCCGUCCUGCACCUUACAAUCUCAAGUCAUGGGUGCCUGAUGUUGCGACUGCGGUUGCGCCGCCACCUCCGACCACCGUUGUCGUGACCGGUUUCGACCCCAUGACCCCACUGUCACAGAUCAGCGCAUUGUUUUCCAGCUUUGGCGAGAUCGAGGACUUGGACAAUAAAACUGAUCCGGUCACUGGCCGGUUCCUCGGUAUCUGCAGCAUCGCCUACCAAGACUGCGCUUCCUUUCAAGGCGGGGGACCGAUCUCCGCAGUCCUCGCGGCCAAAACAGCAUACCUUGAGGGCAAGCGCGGUCAAAGGAUAGGCCUGAAGACUGUGCAGGUGGCCAUUGACCGAGAUGGAUCGGUCACGGACAAGUUGAUGGAAAAGGCGAUCGCGCUGCAUCGGAAAGAGAGUGGGUUCACAAACCAGUCACGCAUACAACCAUCCCCAUCUCCCUCAACACCCACCGCAGUCCAGUCGCCUGGAUUUGCAAAGUCUACCGGUCCGCCGCCGACCGCUCCAAAGGGUCCGUCCGGCAAGCCCCCUUCACGGCCGCAGUCUACAUUCCAAGCUCCAUUCGGACUCCCAGUCAAGCCCGAAAGACCAACCAAGCCCGUCGCCACCACCGCCUCCUCCCUUGUCGAGACCACGCCAAUCGCUGAGACAUUGAAAGUACCUUAUAUCUUCAUUGCACAUUGUUACGUACCAGUUAUGAGCACUACGAUCCCGCAUUUAAAGAAGAGGUUAAGGAUGUACGAUUGGCGGGAAGUCCGCUGCGACGAGACAGGAUACUUUAUCACGUUCGAGCAGUCGAGGAACGGGCAGAUGGAGGCCAAGAAGGUGUUUCACGGCUGCCAUAUGCAGCCGCUGUUUACCUAUGUGAUGAACUUGGAAUUACACCUCAAUGGGAAUCACAAGGCAGUCAGCGCAGCAGACACUAUACCUACGUCGACGGGGCCUGUCGAUUUUGUUUAUUCGAGGCAAGCUUAUAGGCUGAGGAAAGAGCACGAUCUCGACCUGGAGGAAGAAAAGCGGCAGCGUGCGAGAGAUUUGGAUCCUUCCAGGGCGGUUGUGCAGCUUGUCAUACAGGAGCUUCGGGAUAAGCUGCUGGAAGACGUCAAAUCUCGUAUUGCUGCGCCCGUCCUCUACGACUAUCUUGAUCCGAGCAGACAUGCAGAAAGGCGACGGAUUCUGGGUGUGAGUGAUCCCGAAGGGACUCGGAGACAUGGGUAUGCCGAUGAAGGCUCUCAGACGCCAGACUCGCGCCUAGGCACUGGGCGACGCCCGCUUGGGAGCAAAAACCUCAAUAUCCUUUCCCUGCCGAAAAUUGGCAAGAGGCCUGGCACAGAUAGGGGCAUGGUUGGUUUCCGCGAUGAGAGGAGGAAAGCCCCAACAACGAGACACAAUGUCAGGCCAUUGUUCCACCAACUGGCCCAGUUCCAUACCGACGACGAUUCCGACGACGAGCGACGAACAUCGGUCACUCGUGAUACUGAAGAUCCGGAGAGCCGUCCACCUAGCCGGAUGAGUAUGACCUCUAUCUCCGAUGACGACGAUGAACUUCUGCGCAAGGUAACGAAACGCCGCCUGCAUGCUCGAGAGGAAUCCGAGAUGGGGGACAGUGUGGUCAAGGAUGAGUUCGACGCGAGCAAGCAAACUGCGGAAGAUCUCAUCAUCGCUAAACUUGAAAGGAACAUUUACGAGAUGUCUCCGUCAUCGCGGAAACGAAAGAGGUUGGUGAAAGAAUUAGAGGCUCGUAAACGUCAAAAAGCAGAUGACGAAUUGUUUGGCAUCGGUCAAAAUGACUUCGAUCGCGAGGGUUCGGAGGAUAUCAAAGUCGAAACUCCUAUUGAAGCGACGCCUGACGUUGACUCGGACGCUGCCAAGGUCAAGAAGCCGAAGCCCAAGAAGAAAACCAAGAAACAGAUUCGGGAGGAGCAAGAAGCACUCCGACGGGCGCAAGCAGAAGCCGAGGCAGCUGAAGUGGUGGACAACGUUCUGGAAUACGCAGAGGAAGAAGAGGCUCUUGCUGAAGCGGCUGAAUGGAGACCAGAAGUGGAAUGGGGUGUCUCAGCGGUGGAGCCUUUGCCAACCGUCGAUGACGACGAGGAUAUCAUCCCUGAUCUGCGAGGAUGGCAAGCAAGUCUGUUUGACGAAGAAGACCUUGAAUACUUGUCAUCGGCAGUGAAGUUGAAAAAAGCCAUGGACAUUGGCGAUCCGAUGGCAUGGGCCUGGAAACAAGAGCGCAUUCGAAAUCUCAAACCCGGAACCCAGCCGGGAGCUCUUAGGACGGAACCUCCCAUCGACGGAUAUUAUGUGCCCAACCCCUCUGGCUCGGCAAGGACGGAACCUGUACGAAGAAUCCUCGAAUCCGAGAAGUCAAAGUAUCUGCCUCAUCGCAUAAAGGUGCAGAAGGCGAGGGAAAAGAGAGAGGCCGAGGCUAAGAAGGAUCCUAGCAAGCAAGUCGUGGAACUGCCCAAAGCUUCGUCCCGCGGCAAGCGUGCCGACGACCGACGCACCGUCAAAGACUUGGAUAGACAACGGGAGAUGCUACAGGGUAUGGGCGAGGACGCCGAUGUUCUGCGGUUCAAUCAACUUCAGAAACGGAAGAAACCCGUCAAAUUCGCCAGAUCUGCCAUUCAUAACUGGGGUUUGUAUUCUCUGGAACGGAUACAAGCGAGCGAGAUGAUCAUCGAGUAUGUGGGAGAGAAGAUUCGACAAGAAAUCGCCGACUUGAGAGAGAUCAAGUAUACCGAGAGCGGCAUUGGCAGCAGCUACCUCUUCCGAAUCGACGAAGGGACAGUCGUGGAUGCGACCAAAAAGGGUGGUAUCGCAAGAUUUAUCAACCACAGUUGUUCGCCGAACUGUACUGCCAAGAUCAUCAGGGUGGGCGGCACGAAACGGAUCGUCAUCUAUGCUCUGAGAGAUAUCGAGAAAGAUGAAGAACUGACGUACGACUAUAAAUUCGAGCGUGAGCUCGGCAGCGACGACCGUAUCCCGUGUCUCUGUGGCUCGGCGGUCUGCAAAGGUUUCCUUAACUAA